CAGACGGUUUCUAUAUUUUACACUUAUACUUCGUGUAGUAAAUAUGGUACAACAUCACCACAUCUGUCAGUUUUGAACGUACAUAUUUGUACCUCAAGGAUUGCAAAAACGUCACACGCAUAUUUAUUCUUCUUAAGGUUUAUUUACAAGCUGUUAAAAAAUAUUAUUUUAAAAUAUACACGACCAGUAUUUAAUUCUGUUGGGCUGUAUACAAACUGUAUGUAAACUAAAAACAUUAAACACUGUGCUAUAUUCAUUCAAUCAAUGCAUAGCUUCUCAGAAUAUGGAGAAGCCAAUAAAGUUAGGACCAACGCAACUGGUUAAAGUUAUUCUCAGUACACUUGUAAUACAAAAUUCCAUGUGCGCUGUGACGGAAGGAAAUUGUGACAACGAAUUUAAGUUACUGGCCAAUAGCGACCAGAAUAAAAAUAAUGGUGGAAACCUCAAGUAUUUGCGGUCCCAAGUUCCCUCCGAUAUUCAGCAAGAAACGGCUCAAAUGGCAAUGAAACGCAUACUUGGACCAAUCAGCCAUAAAAUUUCAUUGAAAAUUGAUCCAUCCCUCACUACGUCGGAAUACAGAGAUUCAUUCCUUGUGUCGUAUGAUGAACUCUCCGGACUGAUAUUAAUCACUGGAACCACAGGCGUUGCUUCACUGUAUGGUUUAAAUGAUUUCUUGCGGAAUCAUUGCUCAUGUCUGGUGGUUUGGGAGGGUGCUCAGCUCAGCUUACCCGAUCCUCUUCCUCAAGUUGUUUAUCAAAAAAUAAUCGUGGACAGGUUUAGAUACUAUCAAAAUGUGUGCACAGAUAGUUAUUCUUUUGUUUGGUGGGAUUGGGAUCGAUGGGAGAAAGAGAUUGACUGGAUGGCUUUACAUGGGAUUAACAUGCCUUUAGCUUUCACUGGUCAGGAAGAAAUUUGGAGACGAGUGUACACAAAGAUUGGAUUGUCACAGGCCGACAUUUCUGAGUAUAUUACGGGGCCGGCCUUCCUUGCUUGGUGGAGAAUGGGAAAUAUACAAAAAUGGGGAGGACCAAUUCUGAACACAUUUUUACAACGCAAAUUGGAUUUGUUACAUAAAAUUAUUUCUCGAAUGAGAAACAUGGGAAUGAUUCCGGUUUUACCGGCGUUCGCAGGAAAUGUCCCUUUAUCCAUUCAAAAAAUAUUCCCCAACGCUUCCUUGAUCGAACACAAGCAUUGGAAUAGCUUUAAUAAAUCGUACUCGACUUUCAUGUUAACACCCACGGAUCCUCUGUUCACAAAAAUUGGACAGAAUUUCCUACACGAGUUAACAACGGAAAUAGGGACAAACCAUAUUUACAGUUGCGACACGUUUAAUGAAAACGACCCCCAAGGGAAUUCUUCUGACUUUUUAAGAAAUGCAGCCAAAGCGACUUAUGCAGCAAUGACCAUAGUUGAUCCCAAGGCAGUUUGGAUGAUGCAGUCAUGGGUCUUUCACUCAUCUUUUUGGACCAAUGAAUUAGUGGAAUCAUAUUUGAGCGGAGUAGAUCUUGGAAAUGCGCUGAUUCUUGACCUGGAAGCGGAAAGAAGGCCACUAUAUUCAAAAUUUAAUAAUUUUUAUGGACAUGCAUUCAUUUGGUGUAUGCUUCAAAAUUUUGGUGGGACAAGCAACAUCUAUGGAGCCCUGGACUUGGUCAACAAUGGGAUAUCAUUUGCCAGAGGAAAUGUGACUGCCGACAAACUUGUUGGGAUAGGUAGCUGUCCAGAAGGAAUUAAUCAGAAUUCUGUAAUGUUCGAGUUUUUACACGAAGCAAGCUUGCAACUUGGUCAAGUUAAUGUAACUAAUUGGAUUUAUAAGUAUUCAGAUCAACGAUAUGCCGUCACGAACGAUUAUUUAUACAAAGCUUGGAAGCGUUUAAGGGAUGGGCCGUAUAAUGCUCCACAAGCAUAUGACAAUCACGGUUAUUCAGUAGUUACAAAACGGCCAUCACUAAAACUUUCAAAACAAUUGUGGUACAAUCCAGAAGACAUGCAAAAAGUCCUUGAAUACUUCCUCACAGCAUUAAACAGUUCCUCCGCUCUCAAAGAUUCUGAAUUGUACAAACAUGAUCUAGUGGAUUUUACGAGACAAUUCCUUAACAUCCUGGUCACAUUUAAUUAUAGAGGAUUGGUCAACAGCUAUCAGAAGCAGAGGCUGGAAAAAUUUACACAUUAUGCCACGGCUAUUUUAGACAUUUUUAAUGAUCUACAAACAAUUCUACAAACAAGCAAAAACUUUUUACUGGGUAUUUGGGUGAAGGCAUCCGAAACUUGGAGUGACAAUGCGAAGGACAAAUUGGAACUACGAUACAAUGCCCUCAAUCAGAUAACGCUGUGGGGCCCAUCCGGAGAAAUUUCAGAUUAUGCUGCUAAACAGUGGGCUGGCAGUGUCGAGCAUUAUUACAAACCUCGCUGGCAUAGCUUUAUCAAUGCACUAAACGCCUCCAUGCACAGCGGGAUUCCAUUUAAUUCCAAGAAGUUCAAGAAAAAUGUCAUGAAAAAUGUAGAAAUUCCGUUCACACUCUCGAAUUAUUCAUUUCCAUCUACACCAACCGGUGAUUCACUCCUUGAAGCCAAGCGGAUUUAUGGAAAGUGGAAUAUAGUUUUCUCUCAAUUAAACACUAAAAUGCGUAGACGCAGAAAGCAUCAAAAUAGAUGAAUAAAUUUUAAAAUCAGCCCCUGAGGUGGGGAUGGCCAUCCCCACCUCGGGGGUUGGUAAUAGUAGUCCACUCAAUUAGGACACAAAUUUAGAAGCGGACGCUGUCCCUGAUUGAGGCUAAAUGAAGUGUGUACUAAUAAAAUCAAAAGUUGUCAAAUAAUAAAUAAUUGUUAGAUUAUUGAAUUUGGUGAUCCAUUUCGAUAAUCAUGAGGUAUCAUUGGCAUUCGUCAGAAUUUUGCACAUCUUUGAAACGUUCUAAAUAAUACAAAAUUUAUAACUUAUUUUCAUAAUGGUUCUACAAUUCCGAAUAAAGUUGAGCACUUA